AUGGCAUCUCAUCGAUUCGACCCCAAUUUCACCGACAAUGUGAUCAACGCAAUGGGACCCAACACCACUCCGCGCUUCCGGACCCUCAUGGCCAGUCUCAUCCGACACGUGCAUGACUUCGCGCGCGAGAACGAACUGACCGUAGACGAGUGGAUGGCCGGCGUACAACUGAUGAACUGGGCCGGACAAAUGAGCGACCACAAGCGAAACGAAGGGCAAUUAAUCUGCGACGUAAUUGGACUAGAAUCUCUAGUUGACGAAAUCACAUUCAAACUAGCUGACGAAGCAAAAGACGCCCCCACGGCAACAGCCAUUCUAGGGCCCUUCUUCCGAGCCGAUACGCCCUAUCGCCAGAACGGUGAGAACAUCGUCAAGGACGUCCCCGCGGACGGGGAGAUGGUGUUCAUGCACGGCCGAAUUGUCGAUUUCAGCACGAAGAAGCCGCUGGUCGGUGCAACCGUUGAGGUAUGGCAGGCGUCGACGAAUGGGUUGUAUGAACAGCAGGAUCCGAACCAGGAGGAGUUCAAUCUCAGAGGGAAAUUUAAGACGGAUGAUACCGGUCGUUAUUUCUUUUAUUGUUUGAGACCGACGCCGUAUCCGGUUCCUAAUGAUGGCCCCGCUGGAAAACUCCUCAAACUCAUGGAUAGGCAUCCGUAUCGUCCGGCUCAUAUCCAUAUCAUCGCAACCUACGACGGCUAUAAACCCCUUACUACUCAAAUCUUCGAUCGCAAAGACAAGUACCUGACCAAUGACUCCGUGUUCGCGGUCAAGGACUCGUUGAUUGUGGACUUCGUGCCUCGCAAGGAUGACUCUCAAGCUGGUCUUGAGUUGGAGUAUGAUGUGAAGUUGGUUCCGACUGAGGAUAAGAGUAAUGGUGCCUAG